AUGUCAGCACUUCCACCUCUCACCAUCACCAAGUUCGACGGGAACCCUCUGAACUACCAGAUGUUGAAGUCGAAGUUUAUGACGCUGUAUCACAACCGAUGCAGCGACAAUGGAAUUCGACUAGCGCAUCUGCAAGUGCUGCUCGCUACGCAUGUUCUCAACUCGGUAGCCGAUUGCGUGCAUGACCCAAGCAAAUACGAAGUGGUCUGGCAUCGACUUGAUCAAGAAUAUGGCUACACCACUAUCAUGGCCCAAACACACCUAAACAAUCUCCUUCGACUCCCGUCCGUGCAGCCAAAUGACAGCGCCAGUCUGAAAACAUUCUCCAAGAAGCUUCACGGGGCUGUCUCCGCUCUGUCAACCUCUGGACUCGCGAGCGAAUUAGAAUCGCUGGGCAACCUCAUGCAUGUUGUCACCAAACUGCCGAAGUCCUUGAGGGAGAGAUGGGGAGGAAAGGUAAUGAAGAUGCAUCCCGCUGUACCUUCAAUUGUCGAUCUGGAUGACUGGUUAACCCUCCAGUCAAAGGUUUCAGAUUUCACAAAACUUAUGGCCGGUCCUCCAGCGCUUCUACCACCACCAGCCGCGCCAAAGAAGAAUGGGAAAGGAUAUCCAACUCCUUACGUUUCGACCAUUAACCAUGUCACCACCUCAACGUCUGAGACAAAGUCGUUGCAAACAAAAGGGGGAGGUCUGCGGGUGAACCCACCAAAUACAACCUCAUUUAGCCAAACCAAAGGCAGCCCAACGUGUUUUGUCUGCAGAGAGCCAAUCCACAGAAUUGAAGAAUGUAACACCUUCAAGCAGAUGUCUCCAACACAAAGAGCGGAGACAGUCUUCAAAGCAGGCAGGUGUCUCCGAUGCCUUACAGGAAAGCACACCAGCCGAGCGUGCAGAUUCAAAUCGAUUCGAUGUAAGGUCAAAGGAUGCAAGAAUCCAUGGCACUCGACACUGCUUCAUGGUUCCGAGUUUUCUACAAGAAACAAUGCGAGCACCUCCAGUGACUACAAGACCACACCAGAAUCGACACCACCAAGGCGAGUGACUUUCGACGAUAAAGUCGAUGAAGCCUUCCUUGGCGCAGUAUCACGCACUGGACUGGACACACCACGUCAAGUGCUGUUCAAAAUUGUUCCUGUUCGUCUACAACAGGGAGAAAAGGUCUUCGAUUCCUUCGGAUUUCUAGACAGCGGAAGCGAUUCCACCUUAAUCCGAAGUGAUGUGGCUAGAACCAAACUAGGUUUAGCCGGGCCAACAACGAAGAUCAACGUGACUUCCUAUGACGGGGGGGUCACCCCAGUUAACGCUCACAUAGUGGACUUCGUCAUCAGUUCGCGAGACAGCUCGACUUCGUUCCAGGCAAGAAGAGCCAAAGGCAUUCCCUCAUCUACAAGGCCUGAAGCUCCCAGAAGUCCAAUCCAACCAAGUAACGGUUCUAAUUGGUCUCGAUGUAGUAGACGCUCCGACCAUAGCGAAUCACGAAAACCGAUGGAUGGGUCAACCGGACCGGUAGCUUUCAACACGCCAUUUGGAUGGUGCCUGGGAGGCAAAGUGGGCCCGCAAAGCGAACAGGAGCAACCAAGCCAUUAUGUAGCCCACAUCACAUCGAGAAAAGAAGAAAGGAACCUUUCCGAACUUGUCGAGCAGUUUUGGAGGCUGGAGUCGAAAGACUCUGUACAGCCUCCUACACUCCUGUCAGCAGAAGAUCGACGGGGAGAGGAGAUUCUGAAGAGGACCACCAGAUACAUUAGGAAUCACCAUCAAAUUGGUCUAAUGUGGAAGGUCGACAAUCCAGAAUUGCCGGACAACCGAAGUAUGGCGCUCAGCCGCCUUUUCCAAAUUGAACGUCGCUUCAAAAGAGACCCGAGCUACGCCACACGAUAUGACGACGUCAUUCAAGAAUACAUCAACCUUGGCCAUGCUCGUCUGUUAUCAACAGAAGAAGCUAAAGGGAGAACACUAAAUACAAAUUACAUGCCUCAUCAUGGUGUUCAAAGUGCGACCAGUCUGACGACAAAAACCAGAGUGGUCUUCGACGGUUCAGCAGAAUGCGAAGGUACUUCCUUGAACAAAAAUCUUCUUCGUGGCCCGAACUACCUCCUAAACCUACUUGGAAUAAUCUUGCGCUUUCGCAAACACCAAAUUCCCAUCAGUAGUGACAUCGAGAAGAUGUAUCACCAGGUUUUAGUUCCAGAAGAGGACCAAGAUGCCUUCCGAUUUUUGUACCGGUCACCAAACAGCACGACAUCCCCGCUCACCUACAGGAUGACAGUCCAUGUCUUUGGGGCCGUCUCGUCGCCAUCAACUUGUUUGUUUGCCUUAAACAAAACAGCUGAAGACCACAAGACGAAAUUUCCACAUGCAGCUGCCAGCGUAAAAACAAGCUUCUACGUCGACAACUAUCUGGAUUCGUUCGAGUCGGAAGACGAGGCAAUCAAACGGGCCCGCCAGCUAAAAGAAUUGUUGCAGCUGGGGGGUUUUAAUCUCACCAAGUGGUCGUCGUCGUCAAGAAAGGUCCUGACAGCGAUCAAACCUUUAGGCUUGGCCAAUCCAAAACUGGAUUUAGACCUGGACAAAUUGCCCAUGGAUCGAGCACUAGGGAUUCUUUGGGACAGGGAAAUCGACGCGUUCACGUUCUAG